UCUUGACGUACAGCACAUAAAAUUAAUGCAAGCACAAGUAACGCGGGCGCUUUCGUUGAUCAGAAACAGCUAAAUCAAUCUACCACUUCGUCUACCUCUCUUAUAUAAUUUUCAAUGGCGAUAUGGCCUCAGUCUUGCCCUGUUAUAUGGACCUGUUGCAAUGGAAACUGCAACCAAACAAAUUCCGUGGAUGUGGAAGAAUGCCAGAAUGAGAAGUGCAAACACACCAAAUGUGCACAAUGCAAAGCAAGCACAAUAGUGACAGAGCAUUUGACUCUACCACUAAAACCUUGCUUUUUUGAACCGAAGAUGUUGAGCCCGCCGAAUGACUUGUGGAUAUGCUGUGAAUGUGGUACUACGAACUUGAUAGAACUUUCGCCAAGGAGUUGUCCAAUAUGUGCACACGCUCGGUGCGGUAAUUGUCCACCCUCGGCGUCCAACAAUGUUGGCAAGGUAGGGCUGCGUUCUAUGCCCAUGGUUUCCUUUCCUACUAUACUUUUGAGGGGGUUUCCUUAGAAUAGGAGUUAGUUAGGAAUAUAGGUGUUUUUCUUUUUCGAGUAGUAGUUCUUCUCUGAACUUCGUGGUGGUUGUGCUCCAUCUCUCGUCUUACCUGUAAUGAAGCUAGAGCCACAAAGGGAUUCACGCUAAA